CAGCAACAACGGUUUGUUGUCAGUUUCAAGCGCUUCAAAAUGGGUUUGGGAAUUUCGUAUCCCCUGGUGACUGAGCCAGAAAGCUACGUGGAUGCGGACUAUGACGAAGAAUCUGAUGCAUUUGACUUUGGGAAACAGCUGCAUGAGAUCACACUGUCCUACUGCUAUGAACUGAUUGAGCACAGGAUCCGUUCAAUCAAGGAAACAGAAAAAUUCAAGAAGUAUGGCUACACCUGGCCUGACGUUGUCUAUGAGUUCAAGGAGAAGUAUCCUGAAUGGAGAACGGAGGAUAUAACCAACAUCAAGCGCCAGUUUGAGUUUUUUGACACCUGCGGCGACAGACUGCUGAAGUUUGAGGAUUUCUGUCAGGCUCUGGACCUAAUGAACAACGAGGACAGUGAGGAGGAGCGCAAGGCUAUUUUUGAUGCCGCCGCCAUUCAGGGGUACAACACCCUGAACUUCGACGAAUACAUUGAGCUGCUGUACAAGAUGAAGAAAGGUAUGCCUAUCGUCCACCCACCCGAGGAGGACGACCAUAAAGACAUGGAGGAGAUCAUGAACGAGGUCUCACAGAUGGACCCCUUCCGCCAAAUGUGUUACGGCGUCUUCUAACAUGGACAGAGUUUUUAACAUCGUCAGAUAUUGAUCUAUGAAAAGUUAUUACAGAAUUAAAUUUUUACACAUUGA